AACGAUUUUAUUAUAGGAACGACGUCAGGGUGAGCAUCCACCCGAACUUUAUUUUUUGAAGUGCAGCACUUUACGAGAACUGUUAUUUUGUGCCGGUGUAUUCAAAGUUAUGCGGUUGUCUUUGGUUUCCUUAAUUUCGCAUGGACGCGUUGGUCGACGGAUGGGCCUCGGGCCCGAGUCGCGUCUUAAUCUUUUGCGAGGUCUUCUGACUGGCCUAGUGCGACACGAAAGAAUUGAGACCACCUGGGCGCGGGCUGACGAGGUGCGAUUCUAUGCCGAAAAGAUUAUCGAUUAUGCGAAGAAAGGAGACACGGACCAAAAGGCAAUGAAACUAGCAAACUACUGGCUUACGGAAAAGGACCUGAUCCACAAGCUGUUCAAAGUGCUGGCUCCUAGAUUUUCGAAACAAGCAUCUCAUUACACACACAUGUACCAGAUUCCAAACAGAAAGACCCUUGACAGAGCCAAAAUGGCAGUGCUAGAGUAUAAAGGAAAUCCCUUCCCUCCCUUGAUAACCCGAAAAUGUGACAGCGAGAAAACACUCCUCAAUCAGCUGCUUCAAGGUUACAGACUAGACAUGGUACAGAAAAAGAAUGCCACCUCCUAGCUGUUUGGGUUACAGUGCUUUUCAGGUAAACACAGAUAGAAAAUAAAAAAGGGGUUGCUAGUGGAGCCUUGGGGAAAAAAAAUGAGGCCGACUGUGAGAUACUUGCAUUCAAGAUGACUUAUGUUUGUUGUGAAGAUACUUCAUGGUAAAAGGCUUUCAUAGCUCUUAUCUUGUAUAUUUCAGAAUAAUGGAUUUAUGUUAUUGUUUUCAUAAUAAAAA